CGCCAUGGCGCCUAUAUAAGCACCCACCCCCCUCUCUCCCCCUAACCCUAAAAACAUACACCAUCCAUUUUUCCAAGCUUCAUUCCAAGCCACUACACUAGCACACACUACAUACAAUCUUCUUCUUCUUCUUCUUCUUGAGUUCUUGGAGGUCGAGGGGUGGGUCAUCAAUGGCGGAGGUGGAGGUGAGGGUGAGGCAGGAGCAGGUGGCGGAGUUCAGGGAGACGUUCGCGUUCUUCGACAAGGACGGGGACGGGUGCAUCACGCUGGAGGAGCUGGACACGGUGGUGCGGUCGCUGGGGCAGACGCCGACGAGGGAGGAGCUCGCCGAGAUGAUCCGCGACGUCGACGUCGACGGCAACGGCACCAUCGAGUUCGCCGAGUUCCUCGCCCUCAUGGCCCGCAAGGCCUCGCGCGGCGGCGAGAACGGCGGAGGAGGAGACGACUCCGGCGACGCCGCCGACGAGGAGCUCCGGGAGGCGUUCAAGGUGUUCGACAAGGACCAGGACGGGCUCAUCUCCGCCGCCGAGCUCCGCCACGUGAUGAUCAGCCUCGGCGAGAAGCUCACCGACGAGGAGGUGGAGCAGAUGAUCCGGGAGGCCGACCUCGACGGCGACGGCCAGGUCAACUUCGACGAGUUCGUCAGGAUGAUGAUGCUCUCCGACCAAUAAUUAAUCUCCUCUCUACUAUAUAUCCAAAAUCAAUAUAUCUCUCUCCAUUUCAUUUUGUUUUUUUUCGAUCUCUUCUUUCUUUCUUUCUUCCCAAUUUGAUUAGUUACCUAACUAAUUAAGGUAGCUAGCUAUAGCUACUGUCAUUUAAUUUGGCCUUGGUUAAUUAGUUCCUUGAUUAAUGUAUUUGUUUGUAUGACCAAAUCAUACAUACAUGUAUGUCCAUUAAUUUUUGCAUGCAAAUGGAAGUAUAUACAUAUAUCUCCAAAUAUAUGUCAAUAA